AUGUCGGCAGCAGAGAGACCGCGCCGUUCGCGGCGGCAGGCUACCAUUGUUGAAUCCUCAGACGAAGACGAGAUUGGCAACACCACCAAGGCGCAGGAGGAAGAUCUCGAAGAAUUCACGCCAGCGCCCGCGCGCAGCCCAACACGAAAGCCGCGGAGGAGUGUUGCUUCCACCGUAUCCUCCUCCACACCCACAGCACCACGGUCACGCGGCAGGCCUAAGAAGAGCAUGUCCAACGUGUCUACAUCCACCAUCGAGCCGAGCCAGGUAUUCGACCCUGAAACAACCAUUGCCGAACCAGAGCCUGAGAAGAAGACUCCCUCCCCAAGAAAACGCAAAAGCGUCGCACCCCGAGCCUCCAAGGCAAAGACGCCAGAUCUUGAAGCACCCCUAGCUACGCCCAAGCCCUCAGCUUCUCCCGAUGCAUCAAGGCUGCAUGCCAUUCCGCUGGCUGAUAUCACAACUGCGAGCGUCAAUGAGCAGCCGUCUUUCGUCGACGAAAGCCAGUCGGCAGUGAAGCCUAUUCACGCCAUGGACACGGUUCUUGAGAAGCCGAUGGACAUUGUCCUCAAGUCGCGCAACAUGACGGUGCCCAUCGUCGAAAACACCAUUGCGAAGCCGCGCCUUGUUAUCACUCACUUGGUCCUGACCAACUUCAAAAGUUACGCAGGUCGCCAGGAGGUCGGUCCCUUCCACGCGUCCUUCUCUUCAGUCGUCGGGCCCAACGGUUCCGGCAAAUCCAAUGUUAUCGAUUCACUGCUGUUCGUGUUUGGUUUCCGCGCCAGCAAAAUGCGACAGGGCAAGCUUUCCGCACUCAUCCACAACUCGGCGCAGUACCCUAAUCUUGACCACUGCGAGGUCUCGGUUCACUUUAAGGAGGUCAUUGAUCAGCCCAACGGCCCGCCCCUCGAUAUUCCCGAUUCCAUUCUUACUGUGUCGCGCAAAGCGUUCAAGAACAACUCAAGUCAAUACUAUAUCGACAACAAGUUGUCCAACUUUACGACCGUGACGACUCUUCUCCGUGACCGCGGCAUCGAUCUUGAUCACAAGCGGUUCCUCAUUCUCCAGGGCGAGGUCGAGUCGAUCGCGCAGAUGAAACCCAAGGCGGCCAACGAACACGACGAUGGCCUCCUAGAGUAUCUUGAGACAUUAUCGGCACUUCCAAAUACAGACGCCAAUCGAGAGACAGCAGCGAAAACUGAUGAGACGAUCGUCGAGUGCGCCGCUCUCAUUGAGCGAGGCGCCAAGGAGAUCGCCUCACUUGAAAUCCGUAUUGAAGAAGAAGAGGCCGAGCUCACAACGAUUCGCGAGAGCCUCAAAGGCAAAACGCAAAAGUUUUCCGACCAGAUCGCAGCCAAGCAAAAAUCACUUGAGCCCUGGAAGGAGAAGAUCAACCAGAAGCAGUCGGCUAUUGCCGUGGCCGAGAGCGAGAUGAACAUCUUACUUGAGAAGGCUAACGCUGGCGAAGUCGCCAUGGAAGAGAUGCAAGCCAAGAUUGCUUCCAUCAAAGAGAGCCGCCAGGCAAAAGCCCGGGAGCUCGAGGCUUGCCAGGCGGAAAAGGCAGCUCUUGAGGAAGAAGCCAAGGAGGUCGGCGCCGAGAUUGAGGCUCUCGCCAAGGACGAGCCGCGAAUCCGGCAAAAGGUGUCUAACGCACGGCAAAAGGCCGAUGAGGCGCGGUCAAACUUGUCCCAGACGCAGACUCAGGGCAACGUCUUGACGGCCCUGAUGCGCAUGAAGGAGUCAGGUCGUAUUGACGGAUUCCACGGACGACUGGGCAAUCUUGGCGCCAUCGAUCCCAAAUUCGACGUGGCCAUCUCGACAGCAUGCCCUUCGCUAGACAACUUCGUCACCGAUACGGUCGAGGCCGGUCAGCAGUGCAUCGAGUACCUGCGCAAGACAAACCUUGGCCGUGGCAAUUUCAUCUGCCUCGACAAGCUGCGAGCGCGCGACUUGCAACCAAUUCAGACGCCUGAGGACGCGCCUCGGUUGUUCGACCUUGUCAAAGCCAAGGAGGAUCGUUUCCGGCCCGCAUUCUACCACGCCAUGCAAGACACGCUUGUAGCCAAGGAUCUCGCACAGGCAAACCGCAUCGCCUACGGCGCGAAACGAUGGCGCGUCGUGACACUCGACGGAGAGCUCAUUGACAAGUCAGGUACCAUGUCAGGUGGUGGCACGACAGUCAAGAGAGGUCUCAUGUCGUCCAAGCUGGUCUCAGAAACAAGCAAGGAUCAGGUUGCCAAGCUCGAGGCAGACCGUGACGCUCUGGACGAAAAGUUCCAGAUGUGGCAGGACCAUCAACGAGAGCUCGAGAACAGGCUCCGCACGCUCAACGACCAGAUCCCGCAGCUCGAUACCAAGAUGCAAAAGAUUGGCCUCGAACUCGAGUCGGCGGCCAAGAACCUGGCGGAUGCGCAGCGCCGCGUCAAGGACAUUGCCAAGGAGCACCAGCCGUCUCAAUCGGACAACAACCGAAUGGCUGAGCUUGAAGGGGAAAUUGCCAAGCUCAACAAGGCCGUCGAGGGCCUGCACGAGGAGACAGCUGGCGUCGAGGAAGAAAUACAAGCGUUACAAGACAAGAUCAUGCAGGUCGGUGGCGAGAAGCUGCGGAUUCAGAAAGCCAACGUUGACGCGCUGCGAGCCGACGUCACAUCGCAGAGCGAGGAUAUCUCCAACGCUGAGGUCCGCAAGGCCAAGGCGGAGAAGCAGCGUGUCAAGCUUGAGAAAGACCACGUCAAGGCAACCAAAGAAAUUGAGGCGGCGGCGCGUGAUCUCGAGAAGCUCGACAAUGAGAUUGAGAACCAGGGUGAGAACGCAGAAUCUUUGACGAGCCGGGUCGAGGCGGCGCAGGAGGCGCUGGCAGUCAAGAAGGAGGAGCUCGCAGCCCUCAAGACGGAGCUCAACGGGAAGACGGCCGAGCUGAAUGAGACGCGGGCCGUCGAGAUUGAGAUGCGCAACAAGCUCGAGGAGAACCAGAAGCAGCUGAACGAGAACGAAAAGAGGUUGCGUUACUGGGACGAUAAGCUAUCAAAGCUUGUACUGCAAAACGUUGAGGAUCUCACUGGAGAGUCUGUGUCUGAGGACGCGCCGCCUAUCAAGGAUGAGCCUAAAGAGGAGGACGUCGACAUGGACGCCCCGGAGGCGGAUGAGGACGCCAGCAUGGAGGACGCUGACACAACGGUGCGACCGGAUCCCACGGCGCGCGUGCGCCAGCCGCAGGAACUCCCUUCGUACACUCCAGAUGAGCUGGCGGAUAUGAGCAAGGAGAAGCUCAAAGGGGAGAUUGCGGCACUCGAGGAGAAGACGCAGAACGUCAAUGUCGACCUCGGUGUGCUGGCCGAGUACCGUCGGCGCGUGGAAGAGCAUGCGGCGCGAUCCUCGGACCUCGCAUCGGCAGUGGGCCAGCGCGAUGUGGCCAAGAAGCGGUGCGACGAGCUCCGCCGGCUACGAUUGGAAGGAUUCAUGGAGGGUUUCGGCAUGAUCUCGCUGAGGCUGAAGGAGAUGUACCAAAUGAUCACAAUGGGCGGCAACGCCGAGCUCGAGCUCGUGGACUCUCUUGACCCCUUCAGCGAGGGCAUCCUCUUCAGCGUCAUGCCACCGAAGAAGUCUUGGAAGAACAUCAGCAACCUGUCUGGUGGUGAAAAGACGCUCAGCAGUCUGGCGCUCGUCUUCGCACUCCACCACUACAAGCCGACGCCGCUGUACGUCAUGGACGAGAUUGACGCGGCUCUUGAUUUCCGUAACGUCUCAAUCGUGGCCAACUACAUCAAGGAGCGCACCAAGAACGCCCAGUUCAUCGUCAUCUCGCUGCGGAACAAUAUGUUCGAGCUCGCGGCGAGACUGGUCGGCGUGUACAAGGUGAACCACAUGACGAAGAGUGUGACGAUUGAGAACCAGGACUACAUCACGAGGCAGAGGCAGGCGCAGGCGCAGGCGCAGGCGACGGGGACGCAGCAAAUGACUGCGCGGUCAUGA